AUGGACGCCGUCAACGCGACGGCGCGCGAGAUCGAGGAAUUCGAGACGUUUACGAGGGCCGCGAUGGUUGAUGUUGCCGCCUGCGCACUCUUCGUUUUCGACUAUCUCCUCACGUUCGGCAUGGAAGUUCAAUACGUCUGGCUGCGACCAUGGACGCCCAUGAAGGUCAUAUAUUUUCUUCAAUGCUACCUCCCGUUUAUCGAUACUGUUUGGUUAGAGGUCCAACUCCGCUUCACUGAGAGCCCCAGCAUCAAGGCCUGUACCCAACUCCGGAUCGCCGCAGUCUCCCUGAUGUUUGUGGGAUUGGCCACUUCGGAAUUGAUCCUCGCUCUCCGAGUGUGGGCUGUCUGGAACCAGAGCGCCAUCGUAACGAUCCUCCUGCCCAUCCUCUUCGCCGCCUGUUGGCUACCGCACAUACCAAUCCUCUAUUUCUUUCUCAACUCCUACAAAUUUGCUGUUCCCCCCCCACCACCAUUGUUUGGUUGCGUCGCUGUUGCAGCAAGCGAAAUCGUGUUCGUGAAUUGGGUGUUGCUUUUGCUAUGGGAUACUCUUGUCCUGCUCCUUAUGCUCAUUCCAGCGUUUCAUGCUUACAGUCUUAAUGGCACCUCUGCUCUGUACUACAUCAUUUACACCGAAGGUAUUCUGUACUAUUUUUGCAUUUUUGCUAUGUCAACAAUCAAUAUCGUUCUCCUUCAUAUUCGAUCUAUCGCAAUCGAAUACCGAUUUAUGUUCGUACUGAUGACACGCUUCCUCCACUCACUUCUCGCAUCUCGUGUCUUGUUGCAUAUCCGAGCGGCUGCAGACCAGGAUGCGGAACAUAGUAUGGAGGUCGAGAGUAUCACUGCUUCUAUAGACGCUCUCACUGCUGCCUCUCGGGACGAUCGAGCUUCUCCUCGGACUAGUAGACUUAGUCGUUGGCUGUGUCGGAAGGGCGUUUGA